CGGCCCGUUAUUCGCAUCAGUUUAAGGAGGACUACAGACACUUGUGACGCUCUCUAGUUCACGUGCUGUCUUUGCUUGCCACUGAUCCGCGAAGGGUCCACACCAACACCAUCCGGAUAGGACAGUGCGCUGAAGAAUACAUAUUUGAAGUACCUGUAAUUUAGGUUGAAGAUGGAGACCAUUAAUCACAGAGUCAACACUUAUAUUGACUCUUGGAUGGGACCCAGGGAUGCACGGGUUCGGGGAUGGCUACUUUUGGACGACUUCAUUCCUACUCUUGCCUUAACUUUUAUAUAUCUUCUGAUUGUGUGGAUGGGACCAAAAUACAUGAAGAACAGACAGCCGUACUCAUGCAGAGCUCUGCUAGUGCCGUAUAACCUCGGCCUGACGCUGCUGUCUCUCUACAUGUUCUGUGAGCUGGUCAUGUCAGUGUAUCAAGGUGGAUACAACUUCUUCUGCCAAAACACCCACAGUGGAGGAGAAGCCGAUAAUAGGAUGAUGAAUGUCCUCUGGUGGUAUUACUUCUCCAAACUCAUUGAGUUUAUGGACACUAUCUUCUUCAUCCUGAGGAAGAACAACCACCAGAUCACAUUCCUGCACGUGUACCAUCACGCCACCAUGCUGAACAUCUGGUGGUUCGUCAUGAACUGGGUGCCGUGUGGCCACUCAUAUUUUGGUGCCACCUUUAACAGCUUCAUCCAUGUGUUGAUGUAUUCAUAUUACGGCCUCUCUGCUGUUCCAGCCCUCAGACCGUAUCUGUGGUGGAAAAAAUACAUCACUCAAGGGCAGCUGGUCCAGUUUGUUCUAACUAUGUUCCAAACAUCUUGUGCUGUGUUUUCGCCAUGUGGUUUUCCAAUGGGCUGGCUGUAUUUCCAGAUCAGUUAUAUGAUCACUCUUAUCUUACUCUUCACAAAUUUCUACAUAAAGACCUAUAAAGGACACGGCGACUCUCGAAAAACUGAUUAUUCUAAUGGAUCAAUAAAUGGCCACUCUAAUGGGGUGACAUCCAACGAGAAGGUGAAAUACAGGAAACCCCGCACAGAUUGAGAGCAGCAUGUCCACCUUCAGUCCUGUUGUCCGUAUCUGUGUAACACUGCGAUCAAAGUGAUGUAGGUUUCCAUAGCAUCAUAGAUAUAUGUAUAUCCACUCACCAAGCUAAGGCCAUUUAGUCUUUAAAAGAUUCAUAUUGAAUUACAAAAACAAGGGCACUAGGCAACAAUUAGGGUUCAAUUAAGCACAUUUCUCAGGCGUCUAUAGAGUAUUGUUUUAAUUAGUUAUAAAGAGGAUAACCUUAUUAAUGUACUAAUCUGCACUGGUCUUAUCUAAACUUUUUGUUUGUUGACGUAAAGGAGAACGUAUCAGAGGAACUUAACAAAUAUACAGGAGUAUGCCACACUUAUAGAGCAGUAUUAUACACAUCAGUAAAGAAUACAGCAUUUCUUAAGACUGAGCAUAGACAGUUGAUCUUAGAAUCAUUAGAAGAUAAUGAGAAAUAUAUAACAAUUUAUUUUUAUACAUAACCAUUUUUGCUUAACCCUUUGGAUACUGUUAGUUAAAGGCUGACACCUUUACUGAUCGGGGUUAAAUUCGACCUCGAACUGUAAUCAUAUAUUUAAUGGAUUUUUUUUUAAAGGAAAUUUCAAUAAAUUCAUUAUAUUAAA